CGUGAUUUCUUCAGUCGCGGAAUUGAGGUGCAGCGGCCGCUUGUUUUCAAAUACAACAUCGUCAACAACAUAAAUUUGCAAUCAUUUGCAAAGUAUCUUAAGACAGACUAGUAUACGUCAAUCAGGAAUAUCCAAAAUGCCCCCUGCUCUUAGUGAUGAGGAAUCAUCCGAUGUCGGAGAAUUCACUACACCUCGCGCGAGCAGCCGCAAGUCUACCUCGGCUACUGCAGUAGAUCAGCUCGACGACAUGAAACCAGAAGAGGCAUUUGACCAGGAGGACGGUGAUGAAGACGAAGAUCUGGAUGAGGAUGAAGAGUCUGCUCAGGAAAUCCUCGACGCCUACUUCGAAAAGUUCGGUGGCCGCGAGAAACUCUUUGAAGCGACUGAAACAGCAUCAAAAACGAAGAAGCGCCGCCGUGCCACCACCAAUGGCACCCCCAGCACAACCUCUACUACCAAGCGAUCACGACGCGAGCACCCGGCCAACUCUGCAACUCCGGCGACAGCGAAGAAUUGGAGCCCCCCAGCAGGGUCGUGGGAGGAGGAAAUUGAGACAAUCGAUGCAUGCGAGGAUGAAGGCAGUGGCAAGUUGAUCGUUUAUCUGAUUUGGAAGAACGGCCGCAAGACCAAGCACGACACCGACGUCAUCUACAAGAAAUGCCCACAAAAGAUGCUCCGCUUCUACGAGCGACAUGUCAAGAUCAUUAGAGAUGAGAACAAGGCUCUUGUCGACGGGACAGAGAACUAG